AUGGACGAAGCAGAUAUCGACUAUGGCGUCAGAGCACACUCAUGCAACACUUUGACUUCCGUCCGGAAAGGAAAUGGGAGCAGGAGAGCUCCCGGAUGGAUAAUUAGAGUAAUCUGCUGGAUUUGUUUCCGGCGUAUUGGAGGAGGUCAGAGCCUUGAAGAACAUUUUGAAAUCCCGCAUCAUUCAAAGAUUGCCCUUAUUCUGUUUGUCGAUAUGAUAUUCGGCGCCAUAUGCUGCAUGGUCCUGGUAUCUUUGAUAUCUACUUUUGCUUAUAAGAGGGAGCAGAACGCUUUGCUUUUCCGUCGGCCUUGGGGGCAUCUGAUAUUAAUCGGCUGCAUUCUGUUGGCGACCAUCAUAUUGACCUGUGCCACCAUUCGGGAAACCCGUGGCCUACGUUCACUUCACGGUCCUAACUCUAAAGGUAACUUUCCAGGACUGUUCCGUGGAUGGAUAAGUUUAUGGGCGCUUUCUGCAGGUUGCCAGGUCACGUUCUAUGCAUUACUGCUCUGCCUCAACCGCCCUGUGCGGCAGGAGCAAACUGGCACUUUCUCAAUAUCCUGUUCCGGCUUGGAUCAACGUUCGCCGUCUGCCCUCGAGAACCUUCGUGUGCAAAAAGCCGUACAUUUUCAUGGCAAAGAGUCCGGGAGCACCACGGAUGUGGACUCUACGCAUAGCUCGAACGAACGACACGGCCCUUUUGAACAGUGGGAGGUUGAUUGCAAGAUCCCGGAAACACUGAGCUCGCUCCAGGGGCCGAUGUCACACCCAUCCAAGGUCCGUUCUCCCGCAUCGGAGAACCAUACUCUAUUCUGGCCUGAUACUACACCUCCUAUAACCCCGCCAACGCUGGGGUUUUCAGCUGCAGCACCACAGACAACAGGUCGAAUCAUCAGUAUGCAAACGCUGCCUCGGAUCAGAGAUAACGGUUCCACAUGUUUGAGUAGGCCGUUUUCUCGCUCUAGGUUUCCUUUGGAGAAUAACAUUAUUCGGGGACAGGAUGAAAAGGACGGUGAGAACGAAAGGGAUGUACAUGAAUCAUUUUCUGGACAGUCGAUACCGCCUUUUGUAUUGCAAGCGGGUCUUCGAAGAAGUUUACUUGAUUACGAGAAUUGGACUACGACGGGACAUCAGAUAUACCACAUGAGCUACACGCCGCAUUUCAUUAAGCAGAAAAAUGACAUCCUGCCGAUUUGUUUGCUGCAUUCAUCCUGUCUAUUUUUGGGCGACGGGGAUCCUGUUGGAUCUGGAAAUAUUGCCUACAGAAGAGAAUCUAACAAUGGCAGCCUGCGCCGCCUCCUUCAGAAUAUCCAUACUACUCAUUUGAAUCAUUUCCCGCGUUCAUCAGUCCGUACAAGAAAGAGCGUCCGUGCUAAUAACUAUUUUGAAGAAGAUUGCUGUGGCGUGAUUGUUUUCAUCACCCGCACCCCCAGUAUUCCUCUCAGGCCCUCCCUCUUCUACCACGAGACCCGCUUUCUGCAAGUUGUCUGCAAAUCCGCCCAGCUUUCCGGCACGAGAAGGAAAGAACUUAAAGGAACCGUCAAGGUGGAAAUGAGCACUGCCAAACACGAGUCCCUGUGGCGGUUAAAAGCGCUACUGUAA